CUUAGAUUCCAGAAAGCUCAGAGAGUUUCAGCUCAUUGAAACAGACAUUGAACGGAUGUUCUGAGGAAUGGAGCAGAAAAUGAACUCAUCGUAUCCAGUGAUGACAGAGCAUCUAGAACUGUGCUUCGACUUUAGUAACACAUCUUGUCCAAAAAUGGCAAGGUCCACAACAAACCGAGCAAUACUUUAUGUUUGUUCCUUAAGUUUGAUUUUAAUCACUGUUCUUGGUAAUUUAUUUGUGAUUAUUUCAAUCUCCCAUUUCAAACAACUCCAUACUCCUACUUAUUACCUUGUUCUUUCUUUAGCUGUGACCGACCUUCUGCUGGGAUUGGUUGUUUUACCAAACUCCAUGAUUUAUUCUAUUGAAACAUGUUGGUAUAUAGGGAAUAUUUUUUGUGACAUUCAUAUAAGUUUAUCUGUGACACUGACAAUAGCGUCAGUCUAUCAUUUGGGCUUUAUUGCAGUUGUUCGUUACUUUGCGGUGUGUGAUCCUUUGCACUACACUACAAAAAUCACAGUACCUGUAAUCAUCACAAUUAUUAUAUUUAUUUGGGUGUUUUCUAUUAUUUAUGGAUUUGGUUUAGUUUGUUCAAAAAUAAUUAGGAAGGGAAUAGAGGAUUAUAUUAGGACAGUUUCGUGUCAUGGUAGCUGUGUACUUGUAUUUAAUAAGCUGUGGGGGCAUUUGAACCCAUUCAUUGGAUUUCUUUGCCCCACUGUAAUCAUUUUUGGUAUUUACAUUAAAAUCUUUAUUAUAGCAAGAAGGCACGCUCGAGUCAUUAGAAACAUGUCAAGGAAAGCCCAGUCUAAAGAGGAAAAUAAUAACCCAGUCAAGGAACACAAGGCUGCCAUGAAACUGGGCAUAGUAAUAGGAGUCUAUAUAAUCUGCUGGUUACCUUAUUGUAUGACAAUUGCUGUUGAUCCACAUAUUAAUUACAGCACAUCGAGAGUUUUAUUCUCUGCUACUUUGUGGUUAGGUUUUAUUAAUUCCGCUUUUAACCCUAUUCUUUAUGCUUUCUUUUAUCCGUGGUUUCGCAAAGCUCUAAAACUUAUCCUUUCCUGCAAAAUACUUAACUCUGACUCUUCAACAAUAAACUUAUUCCCAGAAAAUUAGAAUGGACCAUAAGCAUGUGAACAAUUCAGAAGUUGACAGUCAAGUAAUCAGUCAGUUUUCUUCAAAACUUUAUAUAUGGCUUCUUGAAGGCUUCAGGAGUUUACAUGUUCACACCCUGUCUGUGUGGGUUUCCUUUGAGUGCUCCG